AUGAGAUUUGAAUAGUUCCACAAAAAUUAGGUGAUCUUCUCUAAAAACCAAUUGGAUCAAAGUAAACUGAUAAUCGUUUUGUCUGGUGAUGUGGUUUUGAAUAAGGGAAACCAAGAGAUGAUCCAUCUGAAACAUUUUGGAUCGAAUCUCCUUCUUUUUGGAAGUGAAUGCUAUUCUGACAUAUCAGAUUGGAAUGUUACAUCUAAAACUGUCUGUAAACUCGCUGCAAUUUCUAAGCAUGAUUUUAGAGUCAAUCUAAUGAAUUUUGAAGUCAGUCGCAUUACUAAGGAAAUCUCUCAAUUGUACGCCUUUCCCAUCUUCAAGAAUGUUCCAUACGCCUAAGUACGUAGGUUCUAUGCCAAUUCCAUGUCACAGAACUUCCAAUGCCUUGAUAUUGUAUACUUAUAGGAGCAGAUGAUCAAAUAAAUUUAUUUGGUUAUCAAAGGGAUUUUUGAAUUAAGAGAACUCGAAAAGGGAGUUGCCAAAGCAGUUCACAUCUUCACCUAAGGACAAUUGAUAGGAGAAAACGAAUUGAACAAUAAAACAUCAUUGUGCAAUGGCACUGCCUUUUGUAUUAGUGAGGAAGGUUAAUUACUGAUUUUUGAUCAUGACUUUUUCAAAGCUUAAGUCCUACCCACCAUAGAGGAGAAUCUGCCCAACAAAUGCAAAACUCAAGUGUCCAGAAAUGAGAAAGUCUUCAAUAACAAAGUGUCUCUAACUGGAGAAAUUAUGCCCAAGAAAACCCUUUCAAGACAUUACAAUUUUAAGAAAAGCAGUGAAGAUGUCGAGGAACAACAAAAGCAAACGGUAGUCUAAAAAAAUUAAAUCCGAUCGACUCAUUCCAUUAAUUCAGUUCACCAAUCUCAAUCGAAUAAUUCAGAAGAUCUUAAUGAAUCCCAAAUCAAUAAUCUCAAUAGCAUUGCUAAUCCUUCUCAAAAUAAACAAUCUGCAGUAUUUAAUCGUUUGAGAAUGGGUCUACGGAAUACUCAGAAAUCAGUGCAUUUGUAGAAUGAAUAGCUGAGGCCUUCGAUUAUAAAUAGUCCUGUUCGUUCCACUGUAAAUAGAUAGAGCUCUUUCUAAUUGAGUCUUUAGAAAAUGAAUGAGGAGGCUGCUAUUAAGAAACAAAUGAAUUUGAGGAUGCCUUUGAAGAAUGAACUGCUCUAUAAAUUUUUGAAUCGGAAAGAAGAAUAUGGCGACAUAGCUGCUAAAAAUAGGAUGAGAAGAACGCUCUCCUAAACUACGAAUGUGAAAAAACCUUUAUAAAUAAACAAAUGA